AUGAGUGCGUUAACGUCUUUGGGUGAUAAACGAGAGACGAACUCUUGGGAAAAUCAACCGUUUACAUUGGCAUGGCCUCAAAAUAGCCAACAGGAAGCAACAGGUAUAAUUACAACAGUAAAGAAACAAAAACGAGUGCGAAGAGACUUCACAACACAACAAAUUCUCACAUUAGAAAGAACUUACUCUAAAAGCAAGUACAUCAUUCCCCAGGAACGAAAAAUUCUGGCCCAGUCUUUAAAAUUAGACGAUAAACGUAUUAAAAUCUGGUUCCAGAAUAGAAGAAUGAAAGAAAAAAGAGAAUCAUCAGAUUCCAGUUACGAUUCCUCGAGCGAAUCUUUCACUAGUGAGUCCGUUGCACAAUCUACCUCACCACCAACACAAACAGUUAGUGAGAACUCUAAAAAUGAUUCUACAACACAGUGCACAUCAAAUGAUAGAAGUACUGAACAUACUUAUCAAUUACCCCUUUACUAUGGCAUAAGUGAGGCUCCUCAAAUCGUGUACGGAGUUCAACCCCAUAACGUAUCGUCAUUUUAUAAGGAUAAUAAUAUCUACCCCACACAUGGCACACAUUAUUAUAUGAAUAAUAUGAACUAUACGAAUGUCGAAAGUAAUGCUUCAUAUAAUUAUUAUAGCAUUGAAAUGAAUAGUCACUUGCAAUCGACUCACAACGCAUAUUACUCUUCAAUAUAA